AUGCAUGUGCUCCGCUCACUCCGCUCACCUGGUGACCUCUGGAUCUCGGAGGAGAUCCUCACAAGUGCCCGCGACUACAUCCGCGAGCACAAGGCAGCCAAACAUGAUGCCGAACUUGACAGGCGCGCCAGCUUACCCUCGCACUACGGGGACUACUUCAAGGGGCUCGUGGCGGUCCGGCGCCUCCUCCAGGAAUCGAGGGUCGACGAGGCGCUGCUGGUGCUGCGACGGGCCCCCGAGCAGAUCCGCAUGUUGCUGUUCGGGACCGUGAACAACGCCUUUGGCUGCAUCUGCAUCACGGUCCUGUGCGUGAAAUGGGACGAGUCUAGGGCAGAAGACAUGAACGCGACUCUGAGGGCCUUGUUGAAAUUCGCGGCGUCCGUAGUCCAUGAAAACUCGGGGCCCGGCCCCCUGCGGCGGAUCCUCACGAGCCUGACAAAACUGGACGACCGAGUAUUACGCGAGGCCAUCAUCCAGACCUGGAGGUGCCAGCUGCAGACGUGGACCGCCAUGAUCGAGCCCGACUGGAACGUGCCGCUGCUGGGCGAGUGGCUGGCGUUUGGCGAGACGGCUGGCUACGACCAGCUGCCGUCAAAUUUCGAAAAGGGCCUCCAAGAUACAAUACGCGGCCACGAGAUUCAAUACGGCAGGUCAAGCCUGCCGGUCGUCACCCUUCUGUGGCUUUACGGCGAGCACUCGCGCCUCUACGCCGAGAAGUCCGGCACGUCCACGGAGAAGGCAAGGAAGAUCUUCCUGGACCUCCUGGACCGCGGCCAAGACCACGACAUGCUUGGUAAAUAUACCGCCCAGUACUUUGUGGCGAAAGAGUACCGGAAGAGUGGGGACAAAGUGAACGCUGAGAAGUUCUUGCGGGGUGCAAUCGAGAGCCUGUCUUCGGUCGAGGACAGGCCGUGCUAUGGCGUCUCUGCGGCGCUGGAGCUAGUACAUGAUCUUGAGCGGUGGCUUACCGAAUGGGGGGAGUACGACAAGGUGGAGGAGAUCCGACAGAAAAGUCUGAAAAUGCGUCUCGCCCAUGAAAAGAAAACACCACAAAGCCCAUCUGCGGGACAAACUGGACUACAUUUAAUACAGCAACAGCAAUCAUGA